AGGGAUACGGCCAACACAAAUCACGGGGGCGGGGCGGGGGGACCACACAAAAAACAUUAAAAUGACCUACACAUAUUAAGAAUUUAAUACUCCCCAUGAAGUACAUGUUGCAAGAGAGUAAAUCAUGUUGCAAGAGAGUACCUGCAAGAGAGUAAAUCAAACAGUCUGAAACAAAAGGGCCAGGCUUGUUGAUUUACUUGUUACCAGGGCAGGCCCUUACAGCAGAGCCAGACCGGGCACCCCCAGCUGGUGGGGGGAGCAGGCGAGUGGAGAAGGGGGCUUAUGUUCUGCAAGGCUGAACUCAUAAAUCCCCCUGCUCAGGGUCCCAGACUGCUCUCUGCAUCUCCACCCUCCCGGUGGUAUGUUGUGAGCCUGCUUUCUUAUUUCAAUAAUCAGUUUAACAAAGUUACUGUAGAAACAGGACAAACUUGAGCUCAGCCACUGCGUCACGUAAAUUUGGGGGUGAGCCGGGACAAGGAGUUCUCUGCAGCUAUUUGUUUGAAUCUACAGUUAGACCAAAACACAGUACUCAGCUCAUACCCCAACUGCACAUACAUUUGCUCUUUGCAAAAUCAAUAACUGUCAAUAAUUUCUGCUACGUUCACUCAUGGGCACACACAGACACACUCCACCCACCCUUUGACUUUAUCUGUAUUGAUUUGAUAAAAGGCUCUGCAGGCAGAUGGGACCUUAGACUCACGUGUCAACUGGUUUCAAAUCAGCCCUGGCUUUCUAUUACUUCUCAUGAGUUUGUUCAGAAUUAAAAUUUUCUAAAUGUGAGUUUCUGAAAGUAACCACUGGUGGGGAAUCACAACUCACUGCCUUAUUUCACUCACAGUUCUACUCUAUCACCAUAAUUUCAGUACAGUGCUUAAUCUUUCAUCUUUCCCCACCUACCAAAAGUGAGCAUUAAAGUUUGGUUCAUUUAGAGUUUUCAUGGGUUAGGGGUUACAAUCUAAUAACAGAAAGAAAAGCACUUACCUACCGACUAAUGCAGUAUUUAAUCAGUCAUGAAAACUGCAUAUGCUAAUAAAGGAUAUAUUGAUAAAAGGGAACAAGAAACAAGCUCAGAUGAUGUAAAGGUUUUCACCUAGGUUUUUCGCAGAAUAGUCAACACUCUGUGACUGAGCAGAGAUACACACAUUGUAGAAUCACUGACCUCUGACCCCAAGGACCAGCUGACUUUGAACCUCCAGCUGCACUGGAACCUGCCCCAAUGUUACCCCGUCGCUAUAAAUUCAGAGUUGUUUAGUCGCUAAAUCAUGUCUGAGUCUUUGAAAACCCCUGGACUGUAGCCUACCAGGCUCUUUUGUCCAUGGAAUUCUCCAGGCAAGAAUACCACAUCUCCUGCUUGGCAGGCUGAUUCUUUGUCACUGAGCCACCUAGGAAGCUGCCAAAAUUCAUAGUAAACACACAAAACGAGUACAGAUGACUCCAACUUCCUUUGAGUUGAUAGCUAAAGAAAUAUUGGUCCUUUAACCCGUAAUGAAGAGUUGAUUACAGAUAAUAUUAGACCAACUCGUCUAGGAAAUAAAAUGCCAUGGCUAUUGGAUCUCCUCCUGACAUGGACGUGGUCAGACGUCUGGUUCAAUAGGUCUUCAAGGCUGCAGAAUAGGUAGUAGCCCCCAACCUAGUCAGGAUGGGGCCCAUAUAAGUGACCGAAACUGGAGACGCAAGCCCUCCUCCAGGGGUAGUGCGGGUGCAGCUUCUGGAUCGACCUCCGUGCUUGACCCAGAUGUGUGGAGUGGCUUCCACACAUCAUGUACCCGGUGCGGCCACCCUCAGACCUCUGUCUCCUUCCUUUAACUCUCAGAAGGUAAAUCAGUCUCAGGGUGUUGAGAAUCUCAGUGGCAAAGGAGCCUAGGAAAUGCACUUUCUAGCCUUCAGGAAAAACAGGACAGCAUGAACACAGAGACUAAGCCCUAAUCACUCGCUCAUUUAGCCAACACACAACAAAGCCUCCUGGGUACCAACCUCAGGCUGUGCACUUGGGAAACAGUCUGAAGAUCACACAGGGACGACCCCACAUCACAGCUGGGAGAGAAAGACUUCCGGGCACACCCCGCCCCGGCACGCCCCGCGGGGCUCGGGAGGAGGCAGUGCGCCGACUGUUCAGGCAGCCGAGGACGCCGCCGGGGAGCCGAGGCGCCGGCCAGCCCCCAGCGCGCCCAGCUUCUGCGGAUCGGGAGUCAGAACGCUGUACCUUCGCUUCCUCCCAGCCCUGCCUCCUUCUGCAGAACGGAGCUCAAUAGAACUUGGUACUUUUGCCUUUUACUCUGGGAGGAGAGAAGCAGACGAUGAGAAGAAAAUAAUGAAUGUCAAAGGAAAAGUGAUUCUGUCAAUGCUGGUUGUCUCAACUGUCAUUGUUGUGUUUUGGGAAUAUAUCCACAGCCCAGAAGGCUCUUUGUUCUGGAUAAACCCAUCAAUAAACCCAGAAGUCGGUGGCAGCAGCAUUCAGAAGGGCUGGUGGCUUCCGAGGUGGUUUAACAAUGGUUACCAUGAAGAAGAUGGAGACAUAGACGAAGAAAAGGAACAAAGAAAGGAAGACGAAAGCAAGCUUAAGCUGUCGGACUGGUAACCAUUUAAACGCCCCGAGGUUGUGACCAUGACGAACUGGAAGGCACCUGUGGUGUGGGAAGGCACUUACAACAGAGCUGUCUUAGACGAUUAUUAUGCCAAGCAGAAAAUUACCGUCAGCCUGACGGUUUUCGCCGUCGGAAGAUACAUUGAGCAUUACUUGGAGGAGUUCUUAACGUCUGCUAAUAAGCACUUCAUGGUUGGCCACCCAGUCAUCUUUUAUAUCAUGGUGGGUGAUGUCUCCAGGAUGCCUUUGAUAGAGUUGGAUCCUCUGCGCUCCUUCAAGGUGUUUAAGAUCAAGCCUGAGAAGAGGUGGCAGGACAUCAGCAUGAUGCGCAUGAAGACCAUCGGGGAGCACAUUGUGGCCCACAUCCAGCAUGAGGUUGACUUCCUUUUCUGCAUGGACGUGGACCAGGUCUUCCAAGACAAGUUUGGAGUGGAGACCCUGGGCGAGUCGGUGGCCCAGCUACAAGCCUGGUGGUACAAGGCAGAUCCCAGUGACUUCACCUACGAGAGGCGGAAGGAGUCUGCAGCAUACAUUCCCUUCGGCGAAGGGGAUUUUUAUUACCACGCAGCCAUUUUUGGGGGAACACCCACUCAGGUCCUUAACAUCACCCAGGAAUGCUUCAAAGGAAUCCUCAAGGACAAGAAAAAUGACAUAGAAGCCCAAUGGCAUGAUGAAAGCCAUCUAAACAAGUAUUUCCUUCUCAACAAACCUACUAAAAUCUUAUCCCCGGAAUACUGCUGGGAUUAUCACAUAGGCCUACCUGCGGAUAUUAAGCUUGUCAAGAUGUCUUGGCAGACAAAAGAGUAUAAUGUGGUUAGAAAUAAUGUCUGACUUUGUGCCAGUACAUUUCUGAAUUUGAGAGAGUAUUAUUCUGGCUACUUCCUCAGGAAAGUAACACUUAAUUUUAACUUAAAAAAAAAAAUACUAACAAAAGACCAACACAGCAAAUACAUAUUAUUUCUCCUUGUAACUUUGAGCCUUGUAAUACAGGAGAAUGAACCUGUGGUAAUCAGAUGUAAAUUCCCAGUGAUUUCUUAGCUAUUUCCAGUUGUGGGGGUGGGGAAUGGAUACACCAUCAGUUGAACCCCAAAAAAAAAAAAAAAUUGUCAUAGACAAAGAAAAAGCCAGAAACAUUCUA